CUAAACCGAAACCGUGACCAACUCCAUGAGCAUAACCGUGUCCGACAAAACCAUGACCAAAGUGCGCUUGAUCGUGUAACGACGUAUAAAAGGGACCGGCCGGAAAACCUCUAUCGUAAAUUGGACCAGGCAUUUCACGUUCUUCCAUCGCUUUCCCUGGUGACAUAGUACAGAACAAGGAAUUGAAUCUUCUUAACCGCUACCAUUCACGUAUGAAAGAAAAGCGGAGUAGGCCGUUAUUUGGCUGUCGCCCAGGAUAGGUGGAAGCGAAAGUUUAUCGUAUCUACGAUCGAUAUGACAAUGAGGUCCACGAAGACGACAUGUACUCCUCUUCCUGUAGCGAUGAGUCGCGUGGCGAUGUUCUAUAAAUACUUAUGGGGGUCACAAUACCGAAGCAAACACAGUUUUUCUACGACGUUGGCGUCAGUAACAAGCUGUUAGUAGUUACUGCGGGAAAUCAUGAAGUUCAUACGAUAUACAUUGGAAAUAUCAUUGCUUUUAACUGUGGGAAUGGCUAUUAUGGUUGAAAAGCGAGAUAAUAGGAAUCCAGCGGUAUCGAAGAAACAUGACAAAAGAGGACUCGUUGGUCUAGGAUAUGGCCUCCAACAGGAUCAUUCGGAACACGUAGGACAAAUUUAUGGUCCACCAGAACCAGCGCCAAUUUAUGAAGAACCACCUCCAGAUGCUUUACAUCCUGUACCUGGACAUUUUGAACCAGCACCGGCAUCGCCAACGGCACCAUUUUUGGCACAUCCGGUUGCAGCCGCUCUGCCUGUUCCAGUUCCAGCUGUAGCACACCCGCUUCCGCAGCCUGUACCUGUGCCUGUCCCGGUUCCUAUAACGAAGACCUUAACAGUACCAGUACCAGUUCCGGUGGAUCGUACUGUUGCAGUGCCAGUGGCCGUUCCAGUCCCAAAACCAUAUCCAGUCCAUGUUGAAAAAAUCGUCCAUGUAGAUCGGCCAAUACCGGUUCCUAUCGAAAAGACAGUUCACAUUCCAGUCGAUAGACCAGUCGCAGUUCCGGUUCCAGUACCAAAACCUUAUCCAGUGGCUUAUGAAAAGGUGGUUCAUGUAGAUCGUCCUUAUCCGGUUCAUGUGGCAGUGCCAUAUCAAGUCCCUAAACCAUAUCCUGUACCUGUGGCAGUGCAUGCACGUUACAAGUGGCACGGUUGGUAAUUUUUCAAACGCAAUCUGUCUCUUUUUUCCUACCUCUAUCGUUUUUCCUACAUUUAUCGUGGAAAAUUCCAAUUUUACCUUUUU